AUGUUCUCAGAUAAUUCACAUGGCCUUGACUGUGGUCAGCAAUGGUUCCCUAGUUUAGAACUAGGCCAUUGGUUGUACCAAACUGAACUGGUUGAGAAUGAAUGUUACCAAGUAAUCUUAGACCGUAUUAACAGAGCUGACUAUUGCCCUGAGUGUUACCCUGAUAAUCCUGCUAAUAGAAGCCUUGUCCUUCCUUGGUCUUUCCCACUUGAGUGGGCUCCCCAAAAUCUUACCAGGUGGACCUUUGAAAAAGCUUGCCACCCAUUUCUUCUGGGUCCUCCACUGGUUAGAAAAAGGAUACAUGACUCUAGAGUUGCUGGUUUUAACCCUGCAUUACAGUUAAUCCUGACCAGAACAGACAAAACCUUAAACAAAAAACUUGGCCAAAGCAAAUAACUUCUUAAACAGUCAAAACAUCAUGGAGACUCUAGAGGGUUUUGUACUAGUAGCCCAAGGGAGGUGGAAAAAUGACUCCUUUGUAAAUCUGAUCCAGACUGUCACUACUUUGGGAAACUUUAAAUUGUUGGAUCUGCUUCCAGGGUCUGUGCAUCUCUUUUUUUUUUUUUUUUUU